CCACCACUAUUAUACCGCUUCCACCAUCAUUACUACCAUCACUACAACUGUCAGUACAACUGCAACAACACUAUCACCAUAUCACCAUAUCCCAACUUGGAACUAUCCUUACAACAACAACACUACCACGACCACCAGUACACACAGCUGCAACUACAACAACACCACUGCAACAAAAUCCAUACCUAUGCUUACAACAUUUUCCUUACAGAACCUUCCCCAUCCCCUCUACAAGACCUGCUGACUUCAUCAUAUCCAGACACCUUCACACUCACAAACACUUAUUGUCCAUCAAAUUCAGCCCUACUUAUCCCUUUUGUUACAAUAUUUCUUGUCAAAAUCCACUAAUUUUGUGGCAAUUAAUUUUUGAAAAUAAUUCUUUUAUUCUUUUAUUUGUUUCCAUCAUUUGACUGUGGCCAUAUUGGAGCACCGCCUUUAGUUGAAGAAAUUGACCCCAGGACUUAUUCUCUGUAAGCCUAGUACUUAUUCCAUUGGAAUCUUUUGCCGAACUGCUAAGUUACGGGACGUAAACACACCAACAUCGGUUGUCAAGCGAUGGUGGGAGAAACAAACAUGGACACACACACAUACACACAUGCACGCGCGCGCGCACACACACACAUGCACACGUGCGCACACACACACACACCCAUAUCGAGCUUCUUUCAGUUUCCGUCUACCAAAUCCACUCACAAGGCUUUGGUCAGCCCAAGGCUAUAGUAGAAGACAUUUGCCCAGAGUGUCAUGCAGUGGGACUGAACCCAGUGCCAUGUGGUUCGUAAGCAAGCUACUUACCACACAGCCACUCCUGCGCCUAUAACAAAGAAUUUAGUAAAAUAAUUCUUUCAUUAUUAAGCUGGUGGAUUCCACCAGGGUCAACUUUGCCUUUCAUCUUUUCAAGGUCGAUGAAAUAAGUAUGAGUUUUUCCCCAUCCCCUCAAAUGUCAGACCUUAUGCCUGUAGUAGAAAGGAUUAUUAAGCAGAUGUUUAAGGCAGCGAGCUGGCAGAAUCAUUAGCACACUAGGCGAAAUGUGAAGCAGCAUCUUAUCUGUCUUUAUAUUCUGAGUUCAAAUUCUGCUGAGGUCAACUUUGCCUUUCAUCCUUUUGGGGGUAGAUAAAUUAAGUACCAGUUGCAUACUGGAGUCAAUCUAAUCGACUAGCCCCCUCCCCCAAAAUGAGAGAGCAAGGCAUACCAUCAAAGUGACACUGGGGUAAAAUAUACAAAGCCCAAUAUACCCAUCAUGACUACCCAUCUGGCAAGAGUACACCAGGCAAGAGUACACUGGCAAGAGUACACCAGGCACAUGCAUCACAACCAUAUGUGCGCAAUAUGGUGAUCUCAUAUCAAGAUAAACAGCACAUGAACUUGCAGGUGAGGCCCAGUUAGAAUUUUCUUCACGUCGAGUAGCCCAUCCCGCUCAAAAGGUCCCUGAAUAAGGGUUGUUUAAGGUCGAUGAACAAAACACCCUUGUUUCAAAAGGUGAAUCAUUCAAACCCUAAAGAAUUCCUCUCAACACAUGGCUCCCCUACUACUUCUGCUCGUGAUCAGAGAUGCACACAUCAUCAGCCACUAAGGGACAUGCUCAACUGGUCAAGCAACUGACAAGCAAAUCUGUGGUAUUGAGCAGAAUAUUUAGAGUGUGCAGUAUGGUCCUUAGCUAAGCAGUGUCUCAGUGGGAAGAUGGAUAUGCAGGGCAUGUGUUAUCAUUCAGCUUCAUGCUGUAGGACUGGUUGAUUUGAGGUGAUGGGGAGGAGGGAAGUUAUACAACAACAGUAAUGAUAAUAGCACCAUGAACAACAACAACAACAACAACAUGACCACCACUACUAGCACCAGUGUUGCCUACAACAAAAACAACAACAGUAAUGAGACCACCAUAAUCAUGGCAACUGUAAUCAACACCACCACCACCACCACCACCAAUAACAACCACAACAACAACAACAACAACAGCAGCAGCAGUAGCAGCAGCAAUAGUACCAGUACCACCAUCAACAACAGCAACAGCAGUAAGACUACCACCACCAAGAACAACAACACCAGCAGCAUCAGGAGCAAGACUACCAUCCCCACUAACUCUAACUGCAGUAGCAAAAUCAACAUCACCACCACCACCACCACCAACAACAACAACAACAACAGUAGUAGCAGCAGUGGCAGCAGCAGCAAGUCUACCAUCCCACCAUUAACAACAACAACAACAACAACAACGAAUUCCACAGUGACUGAUCAACACCUUUGUGAGGUUCAGCCUUUUGAGACCAGCCUUCAUUUGAGCACCAGGCCCUUCAUUAUAAGGCUGACGCAGCUACGUACAAGGCCUGAAAUUUUGAGGGGAAGGUGUUAGUCAGUUACACUACCCCCAGUUCUCGAUUGGUACUUUAUGCACACUGAAAGGCAGAAAGAUAAAGUUGGUGUUGACAUCCUUUGGACUCGGAAUAUAAAGCUACAUGAAACGUCACUAAGCAUCUUGUCCAACAUGCUAUACUAAUAAUAAUGUUUUCUUUAUCAAGUCCAAUGGUUGUUAAAAGAAACGACGAGGAUGGUGCAGGACAAUACAGUGUGGCAUUACAUAAAAAGCAUGUAAAAAAAAAAAGGGGGGGGUAACAAAAUUAAAGGAAAAAAUGUUCAAAGAAAAUUUAUCUGAAAGGGGAAAAGAACAAUACCAAGGACCACUUGUGAAAACCCCUCAAAGCCACUGUCUCUCUGAUCACUCAAGCAAUGCUUUCUCCUAGCUGUCCUUCUCCAUUUGAUAGUUACAUGCUCAGAGCAGCCAUGUUCACCUGCACCAAGCUCAACAUUCUCAUCAACCUUUCAACAAAUUUGCUUGGAAGUAGAAUUUUUCGCUUUCCACCUUCAUCUUGAAAAAGUUGAUGAUGGCUUGACCAUAAAAGAACAAGCUUGUCUUUAGCCCUCUCAGUUUUGUUCAUCACACAAUCUCUUUUAUCAAAGCACCAGACAGAUAAAAACCUGCCAAAAGCAGAUGGCAGAACAAUCUUCACAAUGGACUCAGCAGAUAGAUGGAUUCAUCCUACAUGAGAUGGCAACUGAUUGACAUAACUCCACAAGUUAGCAAUGCUUGAGGAUUAGAAAAGUGCAUGCAGAAUGGCUUCAUUUCUCUGUAUGCAUUUUGGAUAGGCCCAGCUGAUGAUACCGCUGUCUCUGUAGAGUUUAUCUCAAACUGGCAACCCCCAACUCCCUGUAGCACUGCUUGGCCAGGGAUUUCAGGAAACUAUUUGUGAGCCCAACCUGAAAUUUCUCUGGAACAGACCAGCUAGUUGAUUUUUAUUAUCACUGGCAUACUUAAAAUAAUUGGGGAAGUAGGAUAUGGCCUAAUCAUAUGUACAAUCUGUAUCAAGUUGUACAGGAAGAUGUCAUACACAACAACUGGCAUAGCAGCAUUAUAGUCAAUUUUAUAGUUGCAAGGGUAAAGGAAAUGCCUUGGAUGGUCGUAAUCAUAGAGAUACUAAAAUGCUGGAUCAGGUCAUAAAAAGUUGUGGAAUUAUAAGAGUUAUAAUCCAAUCAGUUAUGAGGAGAAUUAAUCUAGAUGAGAUGUAGUUUAAUUUUGUAUCAAGGAGAAGUACUAUGGCAGGGGGAGAAGUGUUUAGUGAAAAGCAAGCAAUUUUUACUUGGUUUUUGUCAAAUCCCUUGCUCUAUAAUCUGGUGGUUUCUGAAGAAGCUAAGAGUAAAUGGAUGGCUUGUGAGAGCCAUGUACAGGGGCACUAUCAGAAUAAUGAGAGUUAGUAACAGAUACAGCAGCAAGUUUAGUGUGCAGGUAGAAGUUUACCAGAGCUCGGUUGCCUGUCCCCUCUAACCCUUAUAGACCUCAAGGUCAUAAAAAAGGAAUCUAAGAUUAGUUGCCCUAGGGAACUAUUCAUUUUUAUUGUGGAGUCUGUAGUAGAACUAGAAAAAUUCCAGGUGUAGAUGAUUCAAGACCUGGAAUCAAAGACCCUUAAAGUUAACUUAGUAAAAGUGUAAGUUCUAGUAAGCAAGAAAACAGAGUGAACUUUACUCUCUUCAGAAAAAUGACUCUGCUCAGUAGGAAGCAAAAAGUGUUGGUAGAAAUUUCAUACAGUGUGCCCAGUGGAAGCCAUGGACACACAAGAGAUAUAGUGGAAUUGCAGGAAGGUUAAUAGAUAAAGUAAACUUUGCAUGUGGCAAAUGUGCCAUGACAAUAAACAUUAAGUGCACACGGGAAAUAGAUUCUCUCAAAUGUCUAAGAGGUUCUCUAGAGGAAGUAGAUAGUUUAUCUGGGUGACCUAGUUUGUAGUGGAGAAGGAUAUUCCAAAAGUAAUAGUUGCUAGAAUAAGAAAUAGGAUGGUGGAAGUUCAAGGAGCUAUUACCUACGCUGGUAACAAAAAUUCCCUCUCUCUCUCUCUUUCUUUGAGUGAAAGAUGGGUCCUACAAUGCUUCUGUAUAAAGAGCAAUGUUACAUGGUAGUGAGCCAUGGACCCUGAAUGUAGAGGACAUGAAAAGAUUAGAAACGAAUGAAACUAGUCUGCUCCUAUGAAUGUGCAACAUGAGUAUGCUUGUAUGACACUGUGCAAAUGUAUUAAGAGAAUAACUGGGCAUAAGAGGAAUCAGGUGUAAUGUGCAAGAGAGGCAGCUGCACUGAUAUGGUCAUGUGAUGUGUAACAAUGAUGACAACUGUAUAAAGAAGUGUUAAUUGCUUAAAGUGGAUGGAAUUUGUGGGAAAGGGGGACUGAGGAAGACAUCAAAAUGAAAUAGCAAAGGCUGAUCUCAAGAUGUUGAGCCUCACAGAGAUGACAAAGGACUGACAUGAUUGGCAUUUUGCUGUGCUCAAUAAAACCUGUUUGUUAUAGAAAAAAGGAAGGCUCUAAAAGCAAAAGUUUAUAUUUAUACAUUCACUGGGCUCUGCUCUAGCACCUAAUUUGUCGCCAUCAAACCUUCUUUGCCUCUUAUCUUCCUAACCCAGAUGUACACACUCUCAUAAGCAAUGUUACACACAAUGCAAAGAUACUUUAUAUACAGAUAAGAAGUAAUAAUAAAUAGUCCUCAUCCAAUUAGAAUCCAAGAAAGUUAGGGGUUAUGAAUCCAACCCAUUAAGGGAUAAUAUCUAUCCAAUAUACUGCCGGAAGGAUACCCAAUUACUAUUACACUAGUGUUUUUACCAAGUGCAAUAAAUGGGUGCAGGUAAAAGGAAAUUUUACCCUUAAUUUAUAUAGCAAUAAGAAAAUGUAUUUCAAAGGGCCAGCUUCAUCACAUUCUGUGUCACACUGAACCUCCAUGUGAACUACAUUAAGAAUAUGCAUGUCAUGUUACUUUCAUGAGCAAAGUGACCCAUUGAUUGGAUUAACUGAAACCCUUCAUCAUCUUAAUCAACAGAA